AUGCCCAUAACCUUCUCCAGGGAAGAUCACUGGGUGCACAUCCCGGAUCCCAGGUCUUACCUGCUGGCCCCCACCAUAGACAUAGUCCUCCUCUUCAAGGUGCUGAUUGAUGGCGGCAACGGCCUCAACAUCAUUUUCACCGAAACCCUGAAGCGCAUGGACUUCAACUUUGAGCGGCUCCUUCCCUGCGAGGACCCAUUCUUCGGCAUAAUACCCGAUAAAGGAUCCUAUCCUAUUGGGAGAGUCAUCGUACCAAUCAUGUUCGACACCCUCGACAACUACCGCAUUGAGCACCUCACCUUCAAGGUUGCCAACUUCAAGACCUCCUACCAUGCCAUCUUUGGCAGGCCAAUGCUGGUGAGGUUCAUGGCGAUUCCCAACCAUACCUACCUGAUCCUUAAGAUGCCAGCUCCAAACAGCGUCCUCUCCAUCUUCGGAGAUGUCGAAACGUCCUACAAGUGUGACACGGAAGCCGUACAGCUCGCCGAGACCCUGGAGUACUCGGCCAAUGCCAACAUAAUGGUCGCCGAGUCCAAGGAGGUGGACCAGAGUCAGCUGACGAUCCCAGAGGCGGACCCGACGCCCAUGGCACUGCAGCCCGACCCGCAAGUCAAGAAGAUCAACCUCAGCUUGGAAAACCCAUCCAAGACGGCCCGUAUCGGGGCCAGCCUCACCCCCAAAUAG